CCGAGGCGUCCCGUCUUCCAGGCGCGCGUGGCGCGGCGUGCGUGUCGCCUGGACGAUGAGGUACAUGCCGGAAGUCAAGAAGUCUCCCCCGCACCUCCUGAAGAAAUUCGCAGUGUGCGACAUCCCCCUGUAUGACAUCUGCGACUACAACGUCACCAGGGACCGCUGCCGAGACCUGGGCUGCUGCUUCUACAAGGGCGUCUGCUACGAGAAGGGCGUGCCCGUUUACGUGCACGUGUUCUCCGCCUUGAUUGUGCUCAUCGCCGGCGCCUUCAUCAUCACCAUCAUCUACAAAGUCGUUCAGGAGAGCCGGCGAGGAAAGGAGUGCUCCGCAAGUGCCAGCGGCGACAAGCGAGAGGCGCAGAAGUCGCAGCCGGUCUCGAAGAAGAAGUCGCAGCGGGUCUCGAAGAAGAAGUCGAGGACAAGCACGCAGAAGUCGCAGGAGCGUGUCCUUCUCCAACAACGUGGGUCAGCCCAGGGAGGUGCGCGAGGCGUCCUCCGGGCCCCGGCGCUGCUCCUGCGACACACUCAGCACCUCGCGGUCUUUAAACCUCUGAACACACCCGUCUUGGGAGGCCAGCUGUGA